ACAAACAAAGACAAAUUAUGUAUCCGUAAACAAAGUAAAACCGCCACGUGACCCGACAUUCAAGCGAUUCUCAAAAGUUGAUACGUCACCGUUGGUAUACAAAAACCUGCAACAAAGAAGUGGCGCUGGCAGCCGUAGCGGCGACUGCCAAAAGCAAAACAGUGGGUUGCGCAUCGUCGAAAGAAAUAGAGAGAGAUGGGGAAUCCGAAGCAGAAGUGGACAGCUGAAGAAGAAGAAGCAUUGAGAGCAGGAGUAGCCAAAUACGGCAAAGGGAAUUGGAAAUCAAUCCAAAGAGACCCUGAGUUAAGCCCCUUACUCUUCGCUCGCUCCAACAUUGAUCUCAAGGACAAGUGGAGGAAUUUGAGUGGUGGUCCCGGUGGCCAUGGUUCCCGGGAAAAAUCAAGGACGUCAAAGCCCAAACCAAGUACCGAUGGUUCAACUCCGCAGACAUCUGUUCCCGUUAAGCGAAAUGCAUUGCCCAAACCACUUAUUGAUGAUUUGUCAAAAAGCUUUGCUCCAAACUGGUACAAUGAAAUGAUUAUUGAAGCUUUAUCAGCGUUGAAAGAACCAAACGGAUCAGAUAACAGAGCAAUUGUCAGCUACAUUGAGCAAAGGCACGAGGUACCUCAAACUUUUAGGAAACAGUUAUGUUCAAGGUUGAAAAGGCUGGUUGCAGUAGAAAAACUAGAAAAGGUGCACAAUCGCUACAAGAUAAGAAAAGAAGAGAGAUUUGGGACGAAGACACCUAGCCCAAAACAGAAAGGCGUGCGGUCUAAGCAGUUGCAUAUAACUUGUGAUGCAGUUGAAGAGGCUUCAGUAAAUGCUGCCUAUCUUGUAGCUGAAGCAGAAAAUAAAUCAUUUGUUGCAGCUGAAGCAGUUAAAGAGGCAGAAAGAGUCUCAAAAAUGGCUGAAGAUAUGGAUUCACUACUACAGUUGGCCAAAGAGAUUUUUGAAACAUGUAACAUAUUACAUUACAAUUUAGAGCUCAUACUUUUGCCUUAUUAGACAUCAUGUUUCCAUUUCUUACAUAUUUUGCCUUUUUUUUUUCAUUUACUGUAGGUUCUCGAGGUGAAAUUAUGCUCAUGGCAUAAGCUCUGGAUUAACUUUUUAGAGAUGACCCCUUGAACCAGAAUAUGUACACAUUGUUGGUUGUGUUUUCUCU